UUUUAAAAUAUGUAAUGUGAUAUCAACAACAAUCUAGAAUCUACUAGAUCUAUCUUAUUCAUGGCAAACCAGCGACACACUACAAACUCAAAAACCUAGGUGUUAUAAUAAAUGAAAAACUGUCAUGGAAUCCCCAUAUUGAUGAAACUAUCAACUUUUAUCAAGCAUUAAGGCACCCUAAUGGAGAUUCUGUUUUGCUUCUUCGGUAGAUCUAGUAUAGGCUUUAUAAAUCUUCUGUAAUGACCAUCUCAAGCUUAUCACAACAUUGAGGUUUGAGGGGAUUUAUAAAUCAAAAAAGGAAUGGAAAACGUUUUAGAAAAUAAGCAUGACAAAUCAACUGAACAACAUUCUAGUAAGAUUAGCUCUGCACUAAAAGAAAGACUUAAAAAGUGUGGACGUUAUCAUACAGGAUCACCUUCUGAUCCCUCAGCAAGCAAGUUCUCGACACCCAACUCGAAAAGAAAACAUAAUCCACCACCAAAGUCAGGUUUUGCACUUGCCUUAAAAAAAAGGAAAUUAGACUAUGAUCAAAGUGGAUGUGAUACAAGUCUGCCUGAUUUAAAGGAAUGUACUGCAGCAGAAACUAAAAAAACAAAUGAACUUGUGAGCAAAGAUGAAAACAAGAUAGCAUCAUCUGAAAAUACUUUACCCAACUGUUCAUUGGUUGAAAAUAUGAAGCAAAAACUCCUAACAGAAAAAAGGCUUUUAGAAGUUCAAUUGAAAGAGAAAAAUGAAAUAUUGAGAAAAUUGAAAAUGGUUAAGAUGUAUCGAGAGAAGAACAAUCUAUCAGAGCUGCAGAUUUUGAUAAAUACUUGGCGAGCUGUUUCUCAGAGAGCACUUGUUGAUCUUCACCAACUACUUCCACAUCCCAUGCCAUCUCUGACUGAACUUAUCACCAAUAUGCACAUUGAUGCUGAAUUAAUUCACUACAAUGUUGAAGAUGAAAGUUUUACAUAACCAUAUAGUUUUUAUUAUGUUAUAUUUAUAUAUUUAUUGUUUUGUUUUUGUGUAAAUAUGUAAAAAAAAAUAAAAUAUAUUACAGUUUACUGCAA